AUGUUCUACUCUGCCCUUGGGUACCUGGGCUUUCUGGCUGCCAUCUGCUUCCUGGUGGCUUUCAUAUCCCAUAAGCUGCUAGGGAGCUUCAAUGAAGGCAAGUGGAUCACCUUCAGCAUGAUGGUCUUCUGCAGUGUUUGGGUUUCCUUUGUCCCCACUUACCUGAGCACCAAAGGGAAAUACAUGGUGGCCAUGCAGAUCUUCUCCAUCCUGGCCUCCAGCCUAGGUUUACUAGGCUGUGUCUUUAUCCCCAAGUGCUACAUCAUCAUUAUGAGACCUGACAUGAACAGAAAGGAACAUCUAAUGAUGAAAAACCAGGAAGUGUUGAAGAUUAAUUGUCCGUUCGAUGUGUUAAAAGAGAGGUACAUGUUUAAUCAAUACAAACCAGGACAUUUCCUGAUUAGUGGAAUCGUCUCUACGUAUAUAUCUCCUUUUGAACCGUACAGUUUCAUCAUGCCUUCAAACAAAACAUUUCGAAGUCAUCUUCAGAGUUUCUGGCAUAUCCUGCCCUUCAUUUUUGCCAUUCAUCUGAUCAACCAAAGUCCAAGAAUUUUACCCAACAUCACUCUGGGCUACAGCAUCUAUGAGAAUUUCUUCAGUGCUAGAAUGACAUAUGAGGCCAUGAUAGAUUCACUUUCCACAGGGCAGGAAAACGUCCCAAACUACAGAUGUGGAAGACCCAAAAAACUGUUGGCUGUGCUUGAAGGGACCAACUCUGAGCUCUUUACCUGUAUUUCAACCAUGUUGGGCAUCUACAAAAUCCCACAGAUCACCUACGGGCUUAUCAACCAGAUUCCCAAGGAGAAACAUCAGUUUCCUUUCUCCUAUCGGAUCAACCCAACGCAAGAACCUCCUCACUUAGCAACAAUCAAAUUGCUUCUGCAUUUCCGAUGGACGUGGAUCGGCCUCUUUGCUCCAGACAAUGAAGAUGGGGAAAAGUUUAAAAAUUCUUUUGCGCUUGCAGCUAUAAAAAGGGGGGUUUGUGUCGCUUUCUCACAAAGCAUCCCAUUGCAAGAUAAAGAGAGGAAAAUUAGGAAAUUCCUUCAUUAUGCUCACAGUGAAAAAGUGCCGUUUUCUAGAUGCACUUCUAGUUGUCUCCCAGGAUACAAGAAACUUAAGAAAGAGGGAACACCAGUCUGCUGCUAUGACUGUUCUCCAUGUAUGGAAGGAACGAUCUCCACCCAGGAAGAUGCAGCCCAUUGUGAAAAGUGUCCAGAUGACCAGCAGCCCAAUAAGAAGCAAGAUCAGUGCGUUCCCAAAACAUUAAGUUUCCUGUCCUAUCAAGAAAACUUGGGAGUCAUCUUGGCACUCACUGCCUCUUUUUUGUCUCUAACCACUGGCUUGGUUCUGAUUAUCUUCAUUAAAUACCGAGAAACUCCCAUUGUCAAAGCCAACAACCGGCACCUCACUUAUAUUCUCCUGGUCUCUCUCCUGAUUUCCUUCUUGACCAUCUUUCUAUUCAUUGGCCGCCCAAAGAGAGUGACCUGCCUUCUUCGACAAGUCACCUUUUGUGUUGUUUUCUCAGUUGCUGUUUCUUCCUUGCUGGCAAAGACUAUCAUGGUGGUUGUGGCAUUUCUGGCUACAAAACCAGGCAGCAAAAUGAGAAAAUGGAUGGGGAAAAGUCUGCCCAACGCUAUUGUCGUCUCUGGUUCUGGAGUUCAGGUGGGGAUCUGCAUGAUAUGGCUGGGAAUCUCUCCCCCAUUUCCAGAUAUUGAUCUACAUUUUCAAUCCGGACAGAUCUUCCUGCAAUGUAACGAAGGCUCAGACACCAUGUUCUAUUCUGCCCUUGGGUACCUGGGCUUUCUUGCUGCUAUCUGCUUCAUAGUGGCUUUCAUGUCUCGCAAGUUGCCAGGGAGCUUCAAUGAAGCCAAGUGGAUCACCUUCAGCAUGUUGGUCUUCUGCAGCGUUUGGCUUUCCUUUGUCCCCACCUAUCUGAGCACCAAAGGGAAAUACAUAGUGGCUGUGCAGAUCUUCUCCAUUAUAGCUUCCAGCCUGGGCUUAUUGUGCUGCAUCUUUGUCCCCAAAUGCUACAUCAUCAUCCUGAGACCUCACAUGAACAGGAAAGAGCAUCUAAUGAUGAGAAAUCAUGAUGGUUUCUGA